AGGCUUUUACGAAGCAUAGAGGCUUACGAGGGGAGCAUCGUGCACAGGGAAGGAUUCAACUCACUGGGAGAGAUCGGUAGUGUCCCGACGUUCCCUGUGGUCGAGCUAAACACACGGGGGCUGUUUGGUUAUUGACAGUGGAGAGAGAGCAACGGAGAGAGGUUUAGGGGUCGACGCACGUCGUGGAGGAAGGAGGGAUCACCGUCGGCGUGCUCUGUGGUGGUUUCCGGCGAGGUCUCGUUGCUAGUUACUUGGGGGGUGAAGCAAAUAAUGAGUUUCAGAUUGUCUACUAGGUUGUUGAAUAUAUGCAUAGCUUCAUUUUGUAAAACUAAGCAACUGGAAAGAGCUGAGGUGGUUAUAAUUGAUGGUAUAAGAUUAGGGGUACUUCCGGAUGUGGUAACUUACAAUACACUGAUUGAUGCAUAUUGUAGAAUUAUCAGCCUUGAUGCAGCUUAUUCAAUUCUUCAUAGAAUGAGAGAAGCUGGGAUAAGUCCAGAUGUUAUUACAUACAAUUGUUUGCUAGCUGGUGCUUCCAGGAAGUGCUUGUUACCACGAUCCUUGGAUAUAUUUGAAGAAAUGCUUCGAGUGGGUAUACCUCCUGAUGUAUGGAGUUACAACACUUUGAUGCAUUGCUUCUUUAAAUCAGGAAAACCGGAUGAAGCUUAUAGGGUUUUCCGAGAUAUUAUACUUAGCAAUCGUUCUCCCUGUCCUGCUACAUUUAAUAUUAUGAUCAACGGUCUUUGUAAAAAUGGUUACACAGAUAAUGCCCUUGGAUUAUUUAGGAAUUUACAGCGUCAUAAGUUUGUUCCCCAUUUAGUGACUUAUAAUAUUCUAAUUGAUGGGCUUUGCAAGGCAGGCAGAUUAGGGGCAGCAAGGAGGAUCCUCAAGGAGCUGGGGGACUCGGGUCAUCAACCAAAUGCCAUAACCUACACUACAGUUAUGAAAUGCUGCUUUAAAUCUAGGCAGUUUGAACAAGGGCUUGAGAUCUUAUCAGAGAUGAAGAAUAAAGGCUACACAUUUGAUGGCUUUGCAUACUGCACUGUCAUCAGUGCGUUAGUUAAGAAUGGUAAGAUAAAAGAUGCAAAUGAUUACAUGGAGCAGAUGGUCAAGAAUGGCAUUGAGCUUGAUUUAGUGUCUUAUAACACCCUAAUUAAUCUGUAUUGUAAAGGAGGUAAGUUGGAAGAAGCCUUUAAGUUGGUAGAUGAGAUAGAGAAAGGAGGUUUGGAUUGUGACAAGUACACCCACACAAUUAUAAUUGAUGGAUUGUGCAAGGCUGGCAAUAUUGAAGGGGCUCAACGACAUUUGAGUUAUAUCAAUACUUUGGGCUGUGAUUCAAACUUGGUUGCAUGUAAUUGUAUGAUUGAUGGGUUGUGUAAAGCUGGUCUUGUUGAUGGUGCGAUGAAAAUGUUUGAAUCUAUGGAGAUUAGGGAUUCUUUUACGUACACCUCAGUGGUGCACAAUCUUUGUAAGGCAGGGAGGUUCCGUUGUGCAUCCAAGCUUUUGCUGACUUGCAUAAAAGGCGGCAUGAAAAUUCUCAAGUCUACCCAACGUGCUGUCCUUGAUGGUCUUUGUUAUUCAGGGUUUACAAGUGAAGCCAGGAAGCUUCGCUCAAAACUUCAAUUGGCUCGUCUAUUUCAUUAAUGUUUUUUUUUUUUUCAAAAAAUUCAGCUUGGUGACUACAUCAAUCAUUUGUUUUUAAAAUUUCAAUCUGCUUGUCUGUUACAUUAAUGAUUUGCAUUUGGCUUUUCAAGUGCUAUCCUAUUUGGAUCAAGAUCUUAGCAAGCACAUUCGGUGCCAUUGUGAUAACUAUCAGGUGUUCUGGAGUAAUAGGGCUUUUAACCAGAAACAGAUUAGUAUGCUGAAUCAUGAAGCAAGUGGGAGGAAGAUUCUGCUAGAAAGACUUUUGGGAUAUCCAAUUAAUACUGGGCAGUGGGCACAUCUGGGAUGAUUAUUAUAAGGGCAACUGUUGGUCGUUGCUGUUGCUUAGAGUUGAUGGACUCUCAGAAUCCUUUGGGUGAUAAGUUGUUGGCCACCCCGUAUACUUACAAUCCCAUUUGACUUGAUCAAAUGCUUCUGCAAGAACCAGAGCAAAAACAACGUCUAACAUGCAUUGGGAUUGAUGAUCUGUUCUCAGGCAGCCGUAAGGCGGCCAACAGCCACCAUCAGCAGGCAAAUUGACCAAGGUCUCUCAAUGGUUAUCUGUGGGCAAAAUAUUCUAUGAUAAAACCAAGAUUCGAAUUGCUUUGAUUUAGGGUUGAUGAAGUUCAAAAGGCGUUGAGUUGGGAAUACAGACAUGAUGAAGUUCAUAGAAUGGAGAAUAACUCGGGGUUGACAUCGAUUUUAGAUUUGGUUCUGAUGUAACUUGCGUCAAGCCAUUUCAUGGAAGGCCAGGAAAAGAAAAAGAUUUCAGUAUUAUUUAAAAUUUUGUUGACUUGCAGUUGAAAAUAAUUUUAGUGAGCAGGCCAAUUUCCUAUGUUAACACUCCAGUGGAAUUCUUUAUGAUGAAAUGCAUUACAAUUGUAUUUAAUAAUUCUGUUCGUUAAUGAAACGAAUUUUUGUUUUUGUAACCUGAUUAA